AAAGUCACAAUUAAAGCGUAAAAAGUAAAGCUAUGUAUAUAUAUAUAUAUUUUUUUUUUUUACCAUGUCAAAAAUAUGAAAACAAACAAAUGCAUCAAAUUGAUUUGUAAAUCUCCAAUUUUAUAACCCAUGCCGAAUUCGUUGUUUUACAAUUUGUACAAUUUAUAAACUUAUAUUAUGAAUAGCAACACUGUUAUCUGAACAUAGAGCGCCUCCUAUCACAAAUUAUAGAACAUUGCAAACAGCACAAAACGCUCAAGCCUAUUCGAUUUAAGACGAAACUGUUUUGUAAAAAUGUCAAUGAAGGAAGAUUACUACGACUACCUGUUUAAAAUUGUUCUGAUAGGAGAUUCCGGCGUGGGGAAAUCUAACUUACUCUCCAGAUUCACGAGAGACGAAUUUAACCUAGAAAGUAAAAGCACCAUAGGUGUAGAAUUCGCGACAAAAAGCAUUCAGUUAAAAAAUAAUAAAAUAAUAAAAGCACAGAUAUGGGACACAGCCGGGCAGGAGAGAUAUAGGGCCAUCACCUCAGCGUAUUAUCGAGGGGCAGUUGGGGCCUUGCUUGUGUACGACAUAACAAAAAAAAACUCAUUCGAAAAUAUUGAAAAGUGGCUGAAGGAGUUAAGAGAUAAUGCUGAUUCUAACAUUGUUAUCCUACUGGUUGGUAACAAAAGUGACUUAAAACAUUUACGUGUAAUAAACGAUAAUGAAGCAACUCAGUUUGCGAAGAAAGAAAAAUUGGCCUUCAUAGAGACCUCAGCUCUGGAAGCAACCAACGUGGAACUAGCAUUUCACCAGUUACUGAAUGAAAUUUACAACGUCCGGCAGAAAAAGCAAGGCACAAAAAAUGAAGACAGCAUGUCCAUCCAACCUCGCGGGAAAAAAAUAAAUGUGGACGACGAUAAUGACGAUAAUGAUUCAAAGAAAAAAUCCAAGUGUUGUUGA